AUAUUAGGAACUUAUGGACAAACUAUUUUGGAUAUCUUCGAAUUUAAAGAACGAAUACCUUCAAUCACCACGUGGCGUCAUUCCAUUACGUCUCUUCCGCUGGAAACAAAAUGCAGGGCACCACCACAAACCUCUCCAAGUUUAUCAUCGUCUCCUUAGUCAUCAUCUUCACCGUUGUCAUGUCCGUGUACUUUAUGUUCUCAAACAAAGUAAUGGUUCCGGCGGUGUCAGAAAUGGCGAUCGGUAUUGACGUGGGCAUUCAGCCCGACCGCCUCUCUCGUCAGCCGCCGCUUACACACGACGACGUUUUUGUGGACGAAACCGAGGCCCAGGCAAUAUUCGAUAAGGUACGCAUAUACUGCUGGAUUUUGACCACUAAGUCGGGUCUUGUGUCAAAGGCCGCCGGCGUCAAUUUUACGUGGGCACCUCGAUGCAACAAGCACGUGUUUUUUGCUUCCGCCUCCGGCGACGAGACGAUAUUAAAUCAGCAGCAGCCGCCGCCUGAUGCCCCGCCUACCUCGCCCGCUCCCACCGUGAACUUCAACCUCGAGGCUGGGGACCGGAAGGAGUAUCAGACAGCGAAUGGGGACACGUUCACAGUGAUCGCCAUUGACGACAUGAUGUUCAUUGAUUCGCCAGAGGGAUAUGACAACCUUACAGAGAAGUCGCGGGAGGUGCUGCAGUACUUGUAUAUACAGGAAAUGGAAAACUUUGAUUGGUUCCUCAAAGCUGACGAUGAUACCUACGUCAUCAUGGAGAACAUGCGUUUCCUGUUGCAUGGCCUCGACCCUGACAAGCCCGCAUAUAUGGGUUUCCAGCUUGAGCCUGCCUGGUUUGACUCGCCGUACAUGAGCGGAGGGGCGGGAUAUGUGUUUAACAGGGCGGGGCUUAAAGUCCUCGUAGAGGGAGGUAUACAAAAGAAGGGCAUGUGUCAGGAGAAGGGCAGUUUCGAGGAUCUUGAGGUCGGGCGGUGCGCUCUGCGUGCAGGUGUACCUAUAUAUAGCUCCGUGGAUCGCUUUGAGCGAGAAAGUUUCCACCCGGACCAUAUAAACGAUUACAUUCCCGGUCCGCCCCCGCAGUGGCUGUAUUUUUACGCCAGAAAUAAACCUAAAGGGGGAUCGGAAUGCUGUAGUCAGUUGAGCGUGACAUUUCACAGAAUGCAGACACGUGACAUGCUCGUGUUUGACCACCUUCUCUACAAGACGCACGUGUUUGGGCGUCACAUGAUCGGAAGCUACAAAGAUUUUUUUACCUAUAAAAAGAUCAAGAAGUUACCCAAUGGAGUUCCAACUGUAAAGACCACGUGAUGUGUAUAAAUACAUGUCAAUGUUCAUAGUUAUGAAAUUUAGUGAGUUGACACUAUGAAUGCAUUAA